GAUUAGUGCUGUUAGGAAUGCACCGAUCAUCGCUGGGUAAACGAGUACUUCCCACAUUAACCGAUUCCCAGUGUACUGCGGACCGUUGCUUCACACUUAGCUUUUAUUAGUUUAGAGAAAAAAUUGGUUUCGAACGCAAUUGUUAUAAUUUUCAAUCAACCAUCAUCGACAUGACCGGAAAAGAAUACGACCUGAAAGCGAAUCGAAUAGCGUCGAAACGCUGUUCAGCUCGUGCCGCUCUCAUCACCAUUCUGACGAUAGUGAUACUGGCAGCAAUCGUGGGUUCACUUCUGUACUACCUCCAGCUGUGGCCUUCGCCCGAAAAAGUGGAUCCCCCCAGACGGAAUCUAACCAUCGCAUUCAUCAAACACGCAGAGAACCAGUUCUUGGUAGCACCCGGAACGAGUGGAAAUCCGUUUGGCGCGGUUUUCAACGAAAGUGAUCGAGAUGUUUCUCCGCUGGAUACGACCGUGCGGCAAAUUGCGAGUUACGAAUUUCGGAUGCACUUGAAGCCGGGGAAAAAUCGACGGAUCGAUGACGGGGAGAAAAUUGUGCCGAUAGACACCGAGGGGAUCAUGUGGAGCGCUCCGGUGGGCAAGUGGUUCGUGGUGAAGCUGACAUACGACGGAAAGAGAAUUACGCUGGACGAUGUACUGGAAGUUCGAACGGCGAGACUUGGAGAGCAUCCGGACUACGAUGCUUUGUUUGAGACCUUGACGAAGGUUGAGAAUAUGCUGCCGGAAUCGGCGAAAGCGAAGGCCCAGGAGGAUGUGAUCGGUUUGGAUCGGUAUGAUGUGGUGUGAACAUAUUCGUAUUUUGUUUGAGAUAAUGAUCGAGAGUGAUGCAUAUUUAUUACGUCCUUAAAGAUUUGUUGUGAUGCUUUAAUAAAAUGUUGAAUUAAUUUGAUUCAAGUGUAUUGUUGUUACAAAAAAUAUGUAGAAGACUAGCAACAAGCCACAUUUUUAUC